ACGGACCAGCCGAUGCGAAAUUCUACGGCUGUCUUUUGCGUUACACUCUUUGAUCAAAUCAUGAUAUUCUGGAUUAAUUGUAUUUGUAUAUACAAUCCGUAGGAGACAGACAGUUUCUGUAGAUAUGUAACUGAACGUUUCGAGUUCAUAGCGGAAGCACGAAUUAAUUUCAUCAGUGUUAUUCCGCUCAAGUGUCAAACCCAUGUUACCCAUGAUUCAUCUGUGAUGGCAGGAAAGAGUAAUUUCUCAGCGUCUGACCGGUUUGAGUAUUUGCAGGGUCUGGUCACAGAGUUCCAGGACACUGACAGUGAGGAGGCUAAAGAGCAAGUGCUGGCAAACCUGGCCAACUUUGCCUACGAUCCAUCCAACAUGGAAGCACUGCGACUGCUGCAGGUCACUGAGCUCUUCCUGGACAUGCUGACAGAAGAGAAUGAGAACUUUGUGGAGUUUGGAAUUGGUGGUUUGUGUAACCUCAGCAUGGAGCGGGAGUCCCGUGAUCAGAUCCUGCAAAGCGGCGGAGUCCCAUUAGUGAUAUCCUGCCUGUCGAGUAACAGAGAUGAGACGGUUCUCUCUGCCAUCACUACAUUAAUGAACCUGACCACAGCAGCCUCGCGCUCAGAGACCACAGACAGUGCUGUGGUGCAGUGCAUGCUGCGCUUCUCCCUCACACACAACCCGCGUCUCAGGAACCUGGCGUCGGUCUUCCUGGAGGACUACUGCACACAGCAACAAGUGGACAGGGCUCGAGAGGAAAUGCAGGGACAAAGCCAGUCAGCGGUGGGCAUUCCACUGCCAAAGGACUGAACACUUGACUUUGAAUAUAGUUGUUCCUGGACAGUUUGUAAAUGCUAAGAUAUAAAAAUAAAGCUUAUUUUCUUAAUAAA